AUGAAGAGGCGCAUACCGGGACUACUCCUUCUUUUCUUGUUCACCUUUUUGGAGGCGUCCUUCUGCCUGUCCCUAUUCAGCAAGAGCGCAUUUCCGCGAGAGUUCACUAAAGCCGUGGAGAGGCACCUGCGGGAGGACUACGGAGACAGGGAUGUCGAAGUGUUUAGGGAAAUAAUGCGGAAUUACAAAAAUGAGGAGACCCACUUGACCGCUUCUGAUGAAGAUGAUUUAAAGGUCGCAAUGAAGAAGUACGCAGGGAAUAGGUUCAUUCAGGAAUAUGAAAGAUUGAUGGACGAUAACUCCAAGGACUCUAAAAAGGUUUUGGCAAAGUCGAUGAUCAAUUUGAUCAAGCAACAAUUCGUUAAGCUAAAGGAAAUUGAAGCUCAGUAUGUUACGCCAAAUUUUGAUCAGUACAAGCAAGUCACGGAGUUGAAGCCUCAGGUCAUGGAUUUAAACACAGACACGCCAUGCAAGACCGAAGCGGAGUGCAAAAAAUUGGAGAACAUGAUGAACAUCUGCACGUACAUUCGGGGAGGAGCAGACUUUGCCUACGACAUUUUUUUGGUGACAACACACGUUGUGACUAGCAUGAUGGCCGUCCUGUGCGCCUGUAUUUUUAUUGGGCCUGUGCAUGUUUGCGCUUUGAAAAAUUUCCCCUACACGUGUAAACUGCCGUAUCCCGUCUUUUCAACCCUGUUUAUGGCCACUUCAGCCGUGUGGGAAGUGGUAAAAGCUGCAACGGCGUUAUGCCGGGUGUAUGGUGAUCUGUCAGUGAUGUCCAAAAUGUCCUGA